AUGUCUUCCAUUACCACCAUCGAACAAGCCCUGUCCCUAAUCGAGAACGACUCCUCCAAAGUCCUAGGUCUCAAAAUCGGAUCUCACACCAUUAAACCGGGCCAAUACAUCCCAAGAGCUGAAGCUAACAAGACCAGACGCCCAAUCACCCCCGACCUCACCCUCCCAUCCAACACCACCGACAAAACCUACAUAGCCAUAUCCCUCGACAUAGACGCCCCCUUCCCCUCCCUCCCCAUCCUCGGCCCAAUCCUUCACUGGAUCCAGCCAGGCAUCCGCCUCCAACAGACCCCAUAUUCUCCAUCUUCGCCGUCCUCAUCCUCAUCUUCAACUCUGCAACCAACAGCCCCCUUCGUCGCGAACUACAUCGGACCCGCCCCUCCACCCGGUAGCGCGCCGCAUCGGUAUGUGUUUUUGCUAUAUGAGCAGCCGGAGGGGUUUGCGGGGGAGAGGUAUGCGCCAAAGGAUGGGAGGGAGUUGUCGAAUUGGUAUCGGAUGAGGUUUGAUCUUGGGGAGUGGGGGAGGGGGGUUGGGUUGGGGGAUUUUGCAGUGGGGAAUUGGUUUGUGGGUAAUUGA